CCAUCAGAAAGCCCAAGCCCAGCAGGAGGGACGAGUGGUCUGCAGGGUCACCUCUGAGGUGCCAGCCACUGUGCAAAUGACUUGGCUCUAGGACAUGAGAGGAAUCUGAGAGGAGGGCAAGCUAGAUUCUGAUGGUCACCUUCACACCACUGCUCUCACCUGUAGACUCGACAGGACACAAUCCGUGGCCAUGCCUCGUAGCCCGACGUCAAGCGAGGAUGAAAUGGCACAAAGCUUUUCUGACUACUCUGUUGAGUCUGAAUCAGACAGCUCCAAAGAGGAAACCAUUUAUGACACAAUCAGAGCAACUGCAGAGAAGCCAAGCAGCAGGAUGGAGGACAGCCAGAGCAACACGUUGGUGAUUCGGGUCAUCAUACCUGACCUGCAGCAAACGAAAUGCAUCAGGUUCAACCCAGAAGCUUCAGUGUGGGUUGCAAAGCAACGAAUUCUGUGCACUUUGAACCAGAGUUUGAAAGAUGUCCUGAAUUAUGGACUGUUCCAGCCUGCAAGCAAUGGCAGGGAUGGGAAGUUUCUGGAUGAGGAACGACUUCUGAGGGAAUACCCACAGCCAGUGAAUAAAGGAGUUCCUUUCCUGGAGUUUCGCUACAAGAAGAGAGUGUACAAACAGCUCAACCUGGAUGAGAAGCAGCUGGCCAAGCUCCACACCAAGGCUAACUUGAGGAAGUUUAUGGAUCACGUUCACCACCUCUCAGUGGAGAAAGUCACAAAGAUGUUGGACCGAGGACUGGACCCAAACUACCAUGACCUGGAAAGUGGAGAAACACCCCUGACUCUGGCAGUUCAGCUUGACAAUACAGUAGAAGUCAUAAAAGCUCUAAAAAAUGGAGGAGCACAUUUAGACUUCAGAGCCAAAGAUGGAAUGACAGCUCUGCAUAAAGCAGCCCGAGCCAAGAACCCAGCAACCCUCAAGACCCUCUUAGAGCUCGGAGCAUCUCCUAACUACAAGGACAGCUGUGGGCUGACGGCGCUGUACCACACUGCUGUGGUGGGAGGGGAUCCUUACUGCUGCGAGCUCUUGCUGCAUGAGCAUGCUGCCGUCAGCUGCAGGGAUGAAAACGGCUGGCAAGAAAUCCAUCAGGCCUGCCGAUACGGACAUGUCCAACACCUGGAGCACCUCCUCUUCUACGGCGCAGACAUGGGCGCCCAGAACGCCUCGGGGAACACCGCGCUGCACAUCUGUGCCCUCUACAACCAGGAGAGCUGUGCAAGAGUGCUGCUGUUCCGGGGAGCCAACAAGGAGAUGAAGAAUUACAACAGCCAAACUCCAUUUCAGGUGGCUAUCAUAGCAGGAAACUUUGAGCUUGCUGAAUAUAUCAAGAACCACAGGGAAGCUGAUAUUGGUUCCUGCUUCCCAUAUCCAAGUAGAAGUCCCUGGAAUCUGUUGCUGGCAGUGCCCUUCAGGGAGGCUCCCACCUACUCAAACAGGAGACGGAGACCUCCGAGCACCUUGGCGGCACCUCGGAUCUUGCUGCGUUCCAACAGCGACAACAAUCUCAACAUCAACAACCUCCCCGAGUGGUCAGCCUCCUCCUCUGCUUCCUCACACCGCAGCCUUUCGCCUCACCUGCUCCAACAGAUGCAGAGUAAUCCCAAUGGAACUGUAAAAACUGUGGGCAGUUACGCUGCGUCCUCCAGGAGCCGCUCCCCGUCCCUCAACCGGCUGGGAGACGAUGGCAAGCGGCAGCAGCACAGGCACAUCAGUGCCGUCUACAGUCCCGGUGCCAACAAGGAUUCUCUCUCUGCCUUGGAUUAUCAGGGUCCCAAACGCAAGCUUUACAGUGCUGUACCUGGGAGACUUUUUAUUGUUGUGAAGCCAUAUCAACCUCAAGGAGAAGGGGAAAUUCAUCUGCACAAAGGAGACAGAGUCAAAGUUCUGAGCAUUGGUGAAGGUGGAUUCUGGGAAGGCAGCACCCGGGGACACAUUGGAUGGUUUCCUGCCGAAUGUGUGGAAGAGGUCCAGUGUAAAGCAGGUGAAAGCAAAGCAGAAACACGAACAGAUAGAACAAAGAAGCUGUUCAGACACUACACAGUGGGAUCUUAUGACAGCUUUGAUGCUUCAAGUGACUGCAUAAUAGAAGAAAAGGCAGUGGUCCUGCAGAAAAAGGACAAUGAAGGAUUUGGAUUUGUGCUCAGAGGGGCAAAAGCUGACACACCAAUUGAAGAAUUCACCCCAACUCCAGCCUUUCCUGCUUUGCAGUACUUGGAAUCUGUGGAUGAAGGGGGAGUAGCAUGGCAAGCUGGCCUGAGAACUGGAGACUUUUUGAUCGAGGUUAACAAUGAGAAUGUAGUGAAAGUUGGCCACAGGCAGGUGGUGAACAUGAUUCGCCAAGGGGGCAACCACCUAGUUCUUAAGGUCGUCACAGUAACCAGGAAUCUUGAUCCAGAUGACACAGCUAGAAAGAAAGCCCCACCACCUCCUAAGCGAGCUCCAACCACUGCACUGACCUUGCGGUCUAAGUCAAUGACCUCAGAGCUUGAAGAGCUUGCUUCAGUACGGAAGAAGAAGGAUAUUCUCCCUUCACAUUUUGAAGGUUUGAAGAAGAGGAUUGUUUUUCGAGUCACACUAAAUAAGGUGGAUGAAAUAGUUCCAGUUUCCAAGCCAUCAAGAAUCGCAGACAAUGCAACUGUGGACUCCAGAGUGGCAACUAUUAAACAGCGGCCUUCUAGUAGAUGUUUUCCCUCAGCUACAGAUAUGAAUUCCAUGUAUGAGAGACAGGGUAUUGCUGUGAUGACGCCCACUGUACCAGGGAGUCCUCAAGGUCCUUUUCUGGGUAUACCUCGGGGUACAAUGAGAAGACAAAAAUCUAUAGGAAUAACAGAGGAAGAACGUCAGUUCUUGGCUCCUCCUAUGCUGAAGUUUACCAGAAGUCUUUCGAUGCCUGACACCUCUGAAGAUAUCCCACCACCACCACAGUCCUUACCUCCUUCACCGCCGCCACCUUCUCCCUCUCUCUACAACUCUCCCAAAUCCCCGACGUCACGGAGCUAUGGAACUAUCAAACCUCCCUUUAAUCAGAAUUCAGGUUCAAAGAUCGCUUUGGUCAGGCCCGAGAACGUAGGGACAAUGAUUAGGGACAAAGGGAUCUACUUCAGACGAGAGCUGGAUCGAUACUCCCUGGACUCUGAGGACCUGUACAGCCGGAGCGCCGCGUCUCAGGCUAACUUCAGGAAGAGAGGCCAGAUGCCGGAGAACCCCUACUCCGAGGUGGGGAAGAUCGCCAGCAAGGCUGUGUACGUGCCGGCCAAGCCGGCGAGGAGGAAGGGGAUGCUGGUGAAGCAAUCCAACGUGGAAGACAGUCCAGAAAAGACCUGCUCCAUUCCCAUCCCAACGAUCAUCGUGAAAGAGCCAUCCACCAGCAGCAGCGGGAAAAGCAGCCAAGGCAGCAGCAUGGAAAUCGACCCUCAGUCUUCAGAGCAACCCGGGCAACUCCGACCUGACGACAACUUGGGCGUCAGCAGCCCCUUUGCAGCAGCCAUUGCUGGAGCUGUGAGGGACAGGGAAAAGAGGCUGGAAGCAAGGCGUAAUUCUCCGGCUUUCCUUUCCACUGACCUGGGAGAUGAGGACGUUGGACUGACGCCGCCGACGCCGCGGAUGAGGCAAUCGAAGUUCACCGAUGAAGCAAUGUUUAGCAGUGAAGAUGGUUUCAGACAGCUGAUGUCACCAUCUCCGAUUCCCGCCCCUAGGGAGCCUGAAAAUCUUUUUAAUAGCAGUGAGCCCAGCAGUCAAAGUGAUCCAAGGACACUGAACGCUUCGUCCAAAACGAAAGGCACUGAGAACAGCACGGUGGCAGCUAAGCCCAGCAACGCGCCCAGCCCGGAGAGCUACGUGCACCCGGUCACGGGGAAGCUGCUAGAUCCGAACUCCCCACUCGCCCUCGCGCUCUCUGCCAGGGACAGAGCCAUGAAAGAACAAACGCAGCAGAUUCCAGGCAAAGGGGACACCGUUAAAGCUGACCUGAACAAACCACUUUACAUCGAUACGAAGCUGAGACCCAACAUUGAAACGACUUUUCCCGUCACUGCGACUGUCAGCAGGCAGAACACUCGCGGCCCGUUGAGACGGCAGGAGACCGAGAACAAGUACGAGGCGGACAUGGGGAAGGAGAAGAAAGCAGAGGAGAAGAAGAACAUGUUGAUAAACAUCAUGGAUACCUCACAGCAGAAGUCAGCUGGCUUACUAAUGGUCCACACCGUGGACACGGCCAAGUCAGAUGAUUCGCCUGAAGAUGAAGAGGAGAAAGCAGCCGAGAUGGAGCCGAACCCCGAAGACUCCCCGGUGGAGAGGCCGGAGGGCAGCGAGGAAGCGGAGGAAGAGCUGAACGUGCCUGCUGCGCCCGAGCCCCCGGCGUCUCCCUGCAAAACCAUGGUGGCGGCGAGCUCCGUCGACGACCCUGUCAUCCUGCCCUUCCGCAUCCCCCCUCCGCCCUUGGCCUCGGUGGACAUCGAUGAGGAGUUCCUGUUCACGGAGCCGCUGCCGCCCCCCUUAGAGUUUGCCAACAGCUUCGACAUUCCCGAUGACCGCGCGGUGCCCGGCGCGGCUCUGACGGACGUGAUGAAGCAGCGGAAGAACGGCACGCCCGCCCCCACGACCUUCGCCCCCGGCCAGCCAGCCAACUCCUUGGACAGUAAAAAGCAAGUGGGUCUGUCAAACUGUUUGCCUGCCUCCUUCCUGCCACCCCCUGACAGCUUUGAUAACGUCACUGACUCCGGCAUCGAGGAGGUGGACAGUCGGAGUAGUAGUGACCAUCACCUAGAGACAACCAGCACUAUCUCAACGGUGUCCAGCAUCUCCACCUUGUCCUCGGAGGGGGGUGAGAACGUGGAUACUUGUACAGUCUAUGCAGAUGGGCAAACAUUUCUGGUGGACAAGCCCCCAGUACCUCCUAAGCCAAAAAUGAAGCCCAUAAUCAACAAAAGCAAUGCACUUUACAAGGACGCGCUGAUCGAGGAGACCGUGGACAGCUUCGUGAUCCCUCCUCCCGCGCCGCCCCCGCCCCCGGUCAGCGCCCAGCCCAACGCCCCCAAGGUUGCUCCCCAAAGGACAUCUAAGCUGUGGGGCGACGUGCCGGAGGUGAAAAGCCCGAUCCUCUCAGGCCCCAAGGCUAACGUUAUUAGCGAGUUGAACUCAAUACUGCAGCAGAUGAACAGAGAGAAAUCCUCAAAGCCAGGGGAAGGAUUGGAGUCGCCUACAGGAACCAAAACUGCCAGUCUCAGUACAAGGAGCACGGAGGUCAUGAGUACUGUCUCAGGUACCCGAAGUACAACAAUCACUUUCACUGUCCGACCUGGAACCAGCCAGCCCAUCACUCUGCAGAGCAGGUCCCCAGACUAUGACAGUAGGACCUCAGGAGCAAGACAUGCUCCAAGCCCUGUGGUUUCACCAACAGAGAUUAAUAAAGACAUCAUGCCUGCUCCUCUGAGUGCUUCUGCUUCAGCUUCAUCUCCUUCUCCGACUCUGUCCGAUGUAUUUAGCCUACCCAGCCAGCCCCCCUCCGGGGACUUAUUUAGCUUGACCACAGGGCGCAGCAGGUCUCCUUCUCCCUCGAUAUUACAACAGCCAAUCUCAAAUAAGCCUUUUACAACUAAGCCUGUCCACCUGUGGACUAAACCAGACGUGGCAGAUUGGUUGGAAAGUCUAAACUUAGGUGAACAUAAAGAAACAUUUAUGGACAAUGAAAUAGAUGGCACUCAUUUACCAAAUCUACAGAAGGAAGAUCUGAUAGACCUUGGAGUGACUAGAGUUGGGCACAGAAUGAACAUAGAAAGAGCUUUGAAGCAGCUGCUGGACAGAUAAGAAUAGCUACUUUGCCUCACAAACUUCUGUUGAUAACUAGAGAUGGGCUGGUACUGAAAUACCCCAAAUGCCUUUGUCUGUCUUUGAGUGCCAGCAAAAUUGGGGGGAGGGGGAAACCAGUUCAGUUCCUGGUACUCAGGGAAGGCAGACUGUGUGCUACAUGCCCAAACUAAACCUGACCAAGCUACACCAGUGGGGCCAUUUUCUUUCAAAGUCGUGGGGAGAUAUGAGAGAGAGAGAGAGAAAAUUGUUAACUUCAAAUAUCCUGCCUCUUGGUGAUGCCCUUCUGCUGGAACCAUUCCUUGCCACUUUUCUUUCCCACUGCAAUUCCUUUUUUUAUUGAAAAGUGCUGGAUUCUCUCCUUGGCAGUCUCCAGGCAGGCUUCCUUCCCCAGCCCUUAGCUGGCUUUAAGAGGACAGAUUGCUUCAUUACCAUUCAAGCCCAGCUUUAUCGGCAGCAGGGGCACAAUAGUGAGGUAGAGGAGUUCCUAUUUCUGGUUUUUGCUGGUUCAGCUCUGGGAUUUGCUGGCAGUGCAGCUGGUUGUUCUGCUGGAACUGGUUCAAAGGUAACCUUGCUCUGUUUUACCUGGUGUUUCUUUAUUUCUGCAGUUACACUUAGCACUCUUCCAAGGUGGCAGAACAAGUUCAAUACAUGCUCCGUUGGCUGGACCUGUAAGAUGAGCACAAGCUUAGGAAGUUCCAUCUAAACGCGAGGGGGGACUUUGGAGUCACUCACCUGGACACCGUCCUCUGCAGCCUGCUGUAGGUGACCCUGCUCUGGCAGAGGGGUUGGAUUAGAUAAUCUCCAGAGGACCCUUCCAGCCCCUGCCAUUCUGUGCACCUGUGAUGCAGAUGUUGCAUAGAAACGGAGGCGGAAUGCACACUUAGGGGGACAACAAAAUGAAGCUAGUUUGAACCUGAGACCCCCCCCAGUUUUCAACCAGCUGCUGCUGAGUGGCACUUUGAACUCCACAGGGUUCAGGCCCAGCCUUUGGACUUCAGAGCCAGGGAGGGUGACCCCCCAGAGGUGGUGUUUCAUUCAGUGAGUGGUGAGUGCUGGGCUGUUUGGAGCACCAGCCCCAGGAAGAAGCAGAGAGAUGAAUGCUCCCAUUGAAGGCAGCAAGGAAGGCUGCCAGGGUUUUGAGUGUGAGGGAUUUCAGCCUGUUGGCAGACAGGGAAAUGUUUCAGCUUGCUACAAAGGCAACAGAAAGUAAGAAGGUAAUGCCAGGCUGGGAAGAGGCACGGAGCCUUGCAGGCUGCGUGUGUUCCAAGGGCCAGGGGAGCUGGGGAGGUCUCCAGCUUCUCGUUUUUAUCACUGUUAAGAGGUGUUGGCUUCUUGACAAGGAGAGCAGACUGAGCACUUCAGCAGGGCUGGAUGCUGCCAUCAGGCUCCAGCCAUUUCUUUGCAGGCUUGCUAGUGAGGUGCUGCUAGGAACCAGGCGACCUCGGCCGCCCGUGGGCUGGGCAGUGGGGGUAGGACAGCCCCAGAGCUUUCCAGGAGACUUCAGUCAGCAGGGGAGAAAGACAGAGGUUUGCUUAAUCUGACUUCUUCUUUUCUUUUUAGUCUUCUCUCUUAUUUUUCUUUAUGU